UUGGAGCGGUGUGGGUCUUGCAUCCGAAGCCUGACUUCGCCUCUUUGCGAGUGCCAUGAGUGAAUGUGAAAAUAAUUACUUCUGAGACUCUGCAGGCAGCCGUGUGGGCAGAAGAGUGAGUUUGGUGGUCGAUUUCACGCAGUGUGAACUUGUGAGCACGAGACAGCCCGGAGAUUACAUGAGUGUAAAGUUUAAGAGACACGCGGCUCUCUCCCUCCACCCACACGCUGUGUCAUCAAGUGAUGAAAUUUAUCACCAAGUGAAAAUUAAUUACCCCACAUUAUUUGAUUAAAAUGUCUUGGAGUUAAUAAAUCAAAUGAAGUGAGCCAGUACAGCAGCAACACUCUCGAGUGAAAGAACACAACUUGAGCUUUUGUAUGAGCUUUCACAGCCCUCCUCUGGCCUUUCUCAAUAACUCGGCGUGAGGGUGCGUAUGUGGACAGCGGAGGAACAGGGCAUAAAAUAUGAAUGGCUGAGAGUAUAAUAUGAAUAGCAUAAAAUAAAGAUCAAAAGGAGGAAAGUGUUUAUUUCAUACAUAUUUUACCAAGAGUGGACGUGAAUGAAUAUAAGUCGAAAGCAGUUGCCAAAGAGAAGCCAAGAGCAAUAUUGCCAAAGUAUAUUCUCCACAUUUGACGCAUUUCAUACGUGACCAAACGGUCCCACAUAUUACAUAAACACUGGUACAUACAUGUAUGUCUCCGGCACAUAGAGUUUGCUGGUAGUAAUAAUAAUAUAUAAAUGUAACGAAUUUCUGUCAAGGAAUAUUGUUCCCCCAAAAAUGGCAUAACCUCUCGCGCGUCAAUAAUAAUAAAAUUCAGUGGCGUGCCAAGAAUGGAGAUAAGCAAAAGUGUUUUGGGAAUAAUAUGGAUUUUCUUCUCGGCCAUUCGCACCAUAAAUGGAAACACGGGACUCGCAGGACUCAAUGUGGACCAAGUGCCUGAACCAGACUUCACAGAACCAAUUGAGAACAUCACAGCUCCCGUGGGACGAGAAGCCAUCCUCAGCUGCUCCGUGCAGAAUUUAGGUGGCUACAAGGUUGGCUGGAUGAGAGUGUCCGAUCAGACGGUGUUGGCGCUGCAGGGGCGCGUGGUGACGCACAAUGCCAGAUACAGUGUCAUCCACGAAGACAUGCGGACGUGGCGUCUCAAGAUACGGCAGCUCCGAGAAUCUGACCGGGGGUGCUACAUGUGCCAAAUCAAUGCUAGUCCAAUGAAGAAGCAACUCGGAUGCAUAGACGUCUACGUGCCGCCGGACAUAAAUGACGAAGAGUCAUCGAGCGACGUGACGGCGCGCGAGGGUGAGGACGCCACUCUGUUCUGCAGUGCCAAUGGCCACCCUAUGCCACGUAUCACGUGGCGGCGAGAGGACGGCGCUCCGUUGCUUAUCAGACGUAACGAGACCAUCGCCAGAGUGGAUUCCUACUAUGGAAGUCUCCUCAAUUUGUCCAAUGUGGAACGAAGACAAAUGGGAGCUUAUCUCUGCAUCGCUGCAAAUGAUGUGCCACCUGCCGUCUCGAAGCGGGUUUUUCUCAACAUUCACUUUGCCCCGCAAAUUGUAACACCAAGAUCACUGUUCGGCGGCCUGGCGGAGUCAGAUGUUGUCCUCGAGUGCAUGGUUCAGGCGUCACCCAUAUCGGUGAACUAUUGGAUAAAGGGCAGUGCUCCGAAGCGAAACUCGUACGAAACGUUCACUCGACCUGAAAUGCUCCUCGACGGGAAAAAGCAUCACAUAUCCGAAGAGAAAUUGUCCCCAUACGAGUUCCGGCUAAAAUUGGUCGUCCGCAAUUUCAGUCGAUCCGAUUUAGGAAUUUACACUUGCAUAUCGACAAACUCACUGGGCAGAGCUAAUGGAACCAUUCGAAUUUAUGAAAUCAAAAUUCCCACGACCACAACAACACCCAAGCCGACAACGACAACGCCAAAGCCCACAACAACGAGGCCCACAACGACUUCCACCACACCGAUCCCGACGCCGCCGCCAGAAACGUUCACAGAAACAACAACGCCCGAGUACCCUACAUUUUUCCCAGUGCACGAGGACCCGUACGGAGGACACGCCGAGGCCAAUCAGCCCCUGCAUGACAUCAUGUACUCACAGAGUGGCGACUCGGGCGGCAGCACUCCCAUGUGGGUGGUGCACUGCGUGGUGGCGGCCGUGAUGCUGCAGGCCCUGCUGAUUGCCAUCAGAUGACUAUGACGCUCGCGGGAGCAGGCGGAUUAGGAUAAAUCGUAGCGCAGGGUAUUUCGGCGGGCGGACUGUGGGUGGGUGAGAUGAGGAUCGGCGAGACACUGGAGCCUCAUCCUCUGGGUGAUUGCCAAGUGAGUGUUUUUCACGGCGUCCCGGGCAGAUGCCAUUAAAUUGAAAAAUGUUCUUCUGAUUUUUUUAUUGUACAUAACGCGGAGCGAUGGAAAGCGUGUGUCCACACGUGAGUCUCACACUUCAAUCGCUCUACUAUGGCCUCAAAAUUAAGAAAAAAAAGAAAAAUUAGUGGCGGAGCCGUUGCAGGACUCUCGCGAUUCCCCGGAUGCACUUUAUUUGACAUGCAUUAAUGAGAGUAAUUGUUAAUAUCAUGCAUAUACAUUUUAGGUGAGAAUCUAAGAGGUAGAUAGAUGAUAUAUUUCUUAUAGGGCGUGGGAUGCGAUAGGGCCACUGGGUGUCAGCUGAACAGGGGGUGGUGAAAGAGAUGCCAAGAUUGAGUGACUCGGGACGUCUUCGUGCAAUCCCCUUAAGCCAAGUCCUGGAAAUCUACAAACUGAUAAUGGACCAAUUCUCCGUCUGCUAGCCCGUGAAUUUGGGUCUCAAAUCAAUAUUUUCCCAAUUACCAGUGGUAGAAUUUUCUGACUUUAUCUCCGCACAGGUGGAGUUUGGCAGGCCGAAAUGAAUUAAAUAUUUUCACUCAAUUUAACCAGUAGGAAAUUUCCUGCCUAAUUACAUCGUGAAUAAUACAUGCGAAGACAAUGGCGAAAUAAAUCCACGUGGCGUUUCUGUUUAUCUCUCUCUGGGUUUGCAAUUAGGAGCUUCUUAAGCAAAUGAUUAUGGAUAUCUAAUUUCCAUCUCAUGCGAAUCCACCUCGACUUACUCUUUCUGGCAACUCCGCAAAGAUACAAUCUCGAAGUUUUGUGGUAUCAGUUGUACACAGCAGACAACAUUUUGGUCAAGACACGCGGGGGUGAAGGACAUCGUGAGAAGAAUGGAGCAGAAGGAGAAGGUUCGCUGCCAGUGUACUGCAUGUACUCGGUGAGACAAAAGGGUAUUAAUCAUGUUUUAAAGUUCAAAAUUUAAGGUGAAAUGCGGAGUAUUGAAAUUUCGUGCACAUCAUUUAUAUUACGAGAACAACAGCGAGAAUUCUAGAGAUACCAUUUGAUUCACAUGCACGAUGGCGAGGGAGAUUGAGUGAGGGGGAGAGAGAGUCUAUCCUGAAGCAGGAAGACGAAUGUGCAGUGGCAUUGUUGGAAUCCAAGAAUGUACUAUAUUAUCAGUAUUAAUAAUAACCAAUUGGAGAUGAUAAAUGUGCGGAAGGAAGUUGUAAAUAUAAGUCUACAAUGUUGUAAUAAAG